AUGUGGGGAUCACAUCGGGGAUCAUAUAUCUGGGGCCGUAGUGUCCAUAAUAUUCGUAUUGAGCGCCUUUGGGUUGACUGGACCAGUGGGGUUGGCUCGAAAUGGAAGACAUUCUUUCAAAAUCUCGAGGUUCACGAUGGCCUUGACCCUGAGCUGCCGUCUCAUAUUUGGCUCCUACAUCACUUAUUUCUCAACAUUAUCAACACUGAAGGGUUGCAGUGGGCAAACUCGUGGAAUGCCCAUACAAUGACAUUGCCAGGUCAGCGCAACGACAGCCCCCAUGCUCUCCGCUUUUUCAGUAUCAUUAGUGGAGGUGGACGUGGAAUUGAUGCCCAUGGAAAUGUUUUACCGCACUUUCAGCCCAUCGUAGAUGAUCUAACACCUGAAGAGAUAGAUGAAUAUGGGAUUGACUGGGAAGCCUAUGAUGAUCAUCACAUACGCCAUCAUAAUGUCGAAGAAAACCCCCCCGAUCAUCUGCAAAACAAUCCCUUCAUUGCACAUUGGCCAGAGCAACAUAAUAUUGUAGAGGUAGAGGUACCAGGCUGCCCACUGAACGUACAACAACUUGCGUUUUUGGAUAAUUACACACAGGGCUUACCAGUUGAGACCAUGAAUGAGCGACACGCGUUAUGGGUAGUAGCAUUGGGGAUUUGUCAGGGUAGUUUCCAAUGGGCAAUGUAG